AUGACUACUUCAACCACUACUGUGCAACUACAAGAAGACCUGUCAAGUGGUGACCAGAACGCCCACCCCAGUCCAAGCCGAGCUACUCCUAGUGUUGGUGAUACUAAGGAGGAUGCGAGGGUUGUGAUCAAACUAUUUGGUACAUGGGUUGAUGUUACAGCUUGGUUGAAUGACCAUCCUGGUGGUUCUAAAGUGCUCAGAGCAUUCAACAAGAAGGACGCGACUGAUGCUGUUAUGGCCAUGCACACUGAUGAAGCUAUCAAGCGCAUCAUCAGAUUUUCAAAUGUGGUCUCCUCGGCCCCCAUCAACGCCUCUAUUGGUGAUGUCCAGGUUAUUGAGAAAUCUCUAUCGAGAGAACAGUUGAUGUAUUACAAGCUCCGCACUCUUGCUAGAAACCAGGGCUGGUUUCAAAGCAAUCUAUUAUAUGAAGGAGUGAAAGCAAUGAUAGCCUUCGGUUUGCUCAUCAUCGGGUUUGCUACUCUCUACUUUGACUAUGGUAUUUGGUCAACCGCACUGAUAGGUUUCGCUUGGUUUCAGCUGGGGUGGUUGGGACAUGACUGGUCACAUCAUACAGCUCUACCUAAGUCUACUACUAACUGUGCGAACUACAACGACUAUCUUGGCUGGCUUACCGGUUUGGCCAGAGGGAAUACACUUCUGUGGUGGAAACUGAGGCACAAUACUCAUCACGUGCUGACCAAUCAGUACGAGAAUGAUCCUGAUAUUCUAACUCAACCACCGUUGCAUUUUUUCGAGGACUUCGAUGUUGGUAAUGUGAACAGAUAUCAAGCUGUCUACUACCUACCAAUGUUAACUCUACUGCAUCUAUUUUGGUUGUACGAGUCGGUAUUGGUUUGCUUGAGACAAAGUAGGUCUAUUAAUAGAUACAACCGUAUGCAUGCCAGGAGGGAUACCGUAGCUUUGGUACUUCACAUACUCAUUGUUGGCAUCAUAUCGUACACCAGUGGUAAGUAUUUGCUCAUCCUUCUGGCCUACAUGCUUAGUGGCUUCCUAACUGCUGUUGUUGUAUUUGCCAGCCACUACAACGAGCCUAGGGUGGCUUCUGGUGAAUCCCUAUCACUCGUUCGUCAGACAUUGUUAACCACUAUCAAUAUAGGCUCAUUCAGUGAUACUCAUUGGGAGAAGAAGUUGUGGUUCUAUCUAACUGGUGGUCUUAAUAUGCAGAUCGAGCAUCAUCUCUUCCCAACAAUGCCCCGCCAUAAUCUUCCGAAGACAACUCCUGUGGUCAAGUCACUCGCCCAGGAGCUGGGACUGCCAUACAAGGAAACCAACAUUGUCAGUUUAACCAAGGCGGCUGUUACUACUUUGCAUCAUAAUGCUCUGCGUAACAUCGAGAGAUUGCUCGCUAGGUAGUUCUCAUCAUUGCAACCGCAACAAGAACAUGGUCAACUCGUAGUGGUGGUAGAGGAUUGUCGUC